GUACGAACCAUGGGGGGGGGAAAGAGGGCUGGCGCUGAGUGCCAGAAUUAGGGGAGAAGGACGGCGGUGGGUACUCGUGGAACUUACAUGGAGCUGGAGAUGGGGAAGAAGCCUCUGCAGCAUUGCUGGGCAAGAGGAUAAUAGAGUAGUAGGAGAGGAGUAAUGUAUGCACAGUCACAUGAUGAACAGACCCGAUUCAUUGUCUAUUGCCGAUUCCAGACGAGACGUUGUGAUUUCUUUGUCAAGAAACUUUCUGUACGUUCAGUCUGUGCUCUCACCGUUGUCUUUCUGCUUUCAACUUUUUUGCUCACACGUGCUCUUCCCGCUUCGAGUCCUCUUCGGUUGCGCUUCUUUGCGCCGCUGCCCCUUAAAUUUCGGCUGUGAAUUCUGCUCCACGCUCUCCCCCCCUCCUUGUCUCCUCCCUGUACCCCCGAUGCGCGGCCUCUCUUCUGCGCCUCAGCUUCCGCUCGGCCCCUCUUCUGCACCGCAGCGGGGCCACUUGUUAAGUUAAAAAAAAAAAAACUCACACUAAGUCUGUGGAGCACAAGCCAAAUAUACAAAAGAGAGAGAGAGAGAGAGAGAGAGAGAGAGAGAGAGAGAGAGAGAGAGAGACGGUAAUUCAUGGCAAUGUCGUCAGACCCAGGAGGGGGCGGAUCUCUGCCUGGCGGCGGGGAACUGCCACAUCAGUCAUCCGGGGCGGACAUGCCGAACGGCGGCGGCGGCCCCCGAUUAGGUCUCGACGUGGGGUCAGCCGCCCCAAGCAUUGACCCGUCGUCAUCAUCAUCCAAGUUCAGAGUGACCUUUCCCGAAAUGAAGCGUCCUCCUCCUUCUAAGGAGCGCGAACGCGAUGGCGGCGGCGCCGCCGCCGCCGCCGCCGGGGUCGAUGGCCCUUCCCCUGCAGAGCGCAAAUGGUAUAUGAAAAGACCAAGCGAGCUCAUCGCUGAGCAGACGGCCAAGGGUUUCGACGAGCCCGCUGCAUCGCGGCGGGUCAUCCAGCAGCUUCAGGGCAUGCUAGCUGUGCAGAGUGUACGGUAUCCUGUGCGUCUGCGAAAGAUAGAGGAGGAGGUCAGCAGUGCUCGUAAGAAGAUGGAAGAAGUGCAGAAGAAGGUCGAUCUAUUGGCCGACAAGGUAGAUGGGAAGCCGGAUUUUGCGGCAGUGGCCUUAACCGGGUUCUCGUCGGCUGCAUUUGGCGUUUUCCUUAAUCGGGCCCCCGACAUCUGGCGGUCGUUGAUGGAAGUGCAACAGUCCCUGUCGUCGGUUGUAUCUCGCAAAGCAGAUUGAUCAGACUCCGGCGGCCUAAUGAACUAGCUCCUCCCGCUAUCGACCAAUUGCUCCCGCCAACUAUCUACCUUCUCCCGCCAAUUAACUACCUCCUCCUGCCAAUUAACGAGCUCCUUCCGCCAAUUAACGAGCUGCACGUUUUCCUCCCGCCAAUGGUCCACCUCCUCCCGCCAAUUAAGGAAACUGCACGUUUUCCUCCCGCCAUUGGUCCAGCUCCUCCCGCCAAUCAAGGAAACUGCACGUUUUCCUCCCUCGAUUGAUCCAGAUCUUCCCGCCAAUUAAGGAAACUGCACGUUUUCCUCCCGCCAUUGAUCCAGCUCCUCCCGCCAAUUAACAACCUCCUUCUGCCAAUUAACGAGCGCUCCUUUCGCCAAUUAAGGAACGUGCAAGUUUUCCUUCCGGCCAAUGAUCCAGCUCCUCCCGCCAAUUAACGGCGAUCUCCUCCCACCCAUUGACGAGCGCUCCUUCCGCCAAUUAAGGAGGUGCGCGAUUUCCUCCUGCCAAUUAACGAUUUCCUUCCGCCAAUUAAGGAGCUGCACGCUGUGUAAUCGGGGGAUUAGAUUCCAUCAUGGAUCAGAUCGGCCCGAAUCGGACGGCUGCGCACCUCC